AUGAGCUGUAGAGUUUCUGAGGGUUCGAGUAUUGGAGUGAAUUGGGGUACAAUGGCAACACAUCAGUUGCCGCCAGAAAGUGUAGUACAGAUGAUGAAAGAUAAUGGGUUCGGCAAGGUUAAGCUGUUCGAGGCAGAUGAUAAGAUUCUGCAAGCAUUGGCUGGGACUGAUAUUGAAGUUAUGAUUGCAAUACCCAAUUACAUGUUGGAGCAGAUGAGCCAGGACCCGGACGCUGCCGCUUCUUGGGUCGAAGCCAAUCUCACUGCUUAUUCAUACUCUGGAGGAGUCAAUAUCAGGUAUGUUGCUGUGGGUAAUGAACCUUUUCUCACUACCUAUAAUGGCACCUACUUACACACCACACUACCAGCCCUUAAAAAUAUACAGGAAGCCAUUAACCAUGCUGGGCUGGGGUCACAAGUGAAAGCAACAGUCCCCUUCAAUGCUGAUAUUUACAACUCUCCAGACUCAAAUCAAGUUCCCUCUGCUGGUGAAUUCAGACCCGAAAUACGUGAUCUCACAAUUGAAAUAGUCCAAUAUCUAUUUUCAAAUGAUGCGCCAUUUGUUGUUAACAUCUAUCCUUUCUUAAGUCUCUAUGGAAAUGUUUACUUUCCAUUAGACUUUGCCUUUUUUGAUGGAUCAAACAAACCAAUUAGAGAUGGUGAUUUUCUUUACAGCAAUGUAUUUGAUGCAAAUUUUGACACUCUUGUUUCGUCUUUAUCAAAGGCGGGGUACCCUGACAUGAAGAUCACAAUUGGAGAAGUAGGCUGGCCAACUGAUGGUGAUAAGCAUGCCAAUACCCAAUAUGCUAAGAGAUUUAAUCAAGGAAUGAUUCAGCAUGCUUUAAGUGGAAAGGGAACCCCUGCUAGGAAAGGUAAAAUCGAUGUUUACUUGUUUAGCCUCAUUGAUGAGGAUGCCAAAAGUAUUGCUCCUGGUAGUUUUGAGAGGCAUUGGGGGAUUUUCGAAUUUGAUGGGAAGCCAAAAUACGAAUUGGAUUUGUCGGGUUUGCAAGAAAAUAAGGGCCUAGUUGCAGUAGAUGGUGUUAGAUAUUUGCACAAAAGAUGGUGUAUUUUGAACCCACACGUCAACGAAUUGGAAGACUUGGCAAGAAAUAUUGAUUAUGCUUGUAGCUUAUCAGAUUGCACUGCUCUGGGCUAUGGUUCUUCCUGUAAUAAUCUGAGUGUCCAAGGGAAUGCUUCCUAUGCUUUUAACAUGUAUUAUCAAUUUAACAACCAAAAUGAUUGGGACUGUGAUUUCUCAGGCUUGGCUAUGAUCACAGAUGAGGAUCCUUCAGAUGAUAAGUGUAGGUUUCCAGUGAUGAUUGCUUAUGGUCAUUCAGUUGUGCUGCUGCAUAUGAAACUAGUAAACAUUUUACUUGCCAUUCUUGAGGGAUGCAUAGUAUUUUUGCUUCUAGUCUCUUAG